UGAAUACAUGUGUAACUUGGCUAUUUUGACAUCCCAAUGCAAGGCACAUGAUCUUCCCACUAGCUGUUUGGGGACACCCAGCAGACCUUACCGUUUUGGGUCAGAAUGCGGAGACGAUAAGGAAAGCAAGCAUUGAUGCCAGGUGAGUGAUGGCGAUUAUCUAUCUUCAUCUUCUCCUCGCCGCUGUUCCCUCACUCCCUCUCCCUUUGGAGUCCUGCAUCGGUGACAAGUCAUUAAUCUCGCACCUUCUUGCCUGUCAACAUUGUCCAAUCACGACCCGGUGAGCUGGAUCGCAGAAUGUUGUUUUAGAAUCCAAUAAUCUGAUUGACAUCCGACCCGCGCUCUCAGCCCCUAUGCCCCAGAUUUAUAGACCGCCGAUUGCUCUUGAGCCCCAUCAUUCUUGUCUAGCAUCUUGCAUGUCGACAGCCUCUUCCUCAAUACACAGACGAUCCCAGUUUCGUCAACUCUCAACAAGAUGGAUUCACUAAAUCUCCAGUGCGGGCAACUGGAUUCGCCUGACUACAAGAACUUCAUUCUCUCCAUUCUCAUCGUCUUCGGCAUCCUCCUCUCCUACCUCCCCCAGCACAUACGCAUCAUCUCCUUGAAAUCCUCCUUCGGCAUAUCGCCCUACUUUGUCCUCCUAGGCACAACCUCCGGUUCGUCCGCCCUGGCCAAUGUCGUUUCCCAACAACAAAGCCUCCACGACAUGUCAUGCUGCAAGCACAUUAGCGGACUAGGCUGCUUCUCCGCCAUGCUAGGAAUCCUCCAAGUUGGAACCCAAUGCCUCUGCUUUUUCCUAAUCCUCUUCCUCUUCGUCCUCUUCUUCCCCCGGAAUCACCAUCACAACCACCGCCCCAACACUCCGACUUACCGCACCGCCCUAAUCGUCGCGGGGAUCUGCAUCCUUCACGCCCUCGUCAUGCUCAUCACCACCCUUACCGUCGGCCUCCACCGGCCCGAAGCCCUCCAAUCCUGGUCCAACUUCUGCGGCGUGCUGGCGGCCCUCCUCGCCUCGAUCCAGUACUUCCCACAGAUCUACACGACGGUGCGCCUCCGCUGCGUCGGCAGCCUCAGCAUCCCGAUGAUGUGCAUCCAGACGCCCGGGAGCCUAGUCUGGGCGGGCAGUCUGGCGGCGCGGCUGGGCCGAGACGGAUGGAGUACGUGGGGGGUGUUGAUCGUGACGGCGUGCUUGCAGGGGACGUUGCUGGCCCUGGGCGUGUGGUUCGAGUAUCUAGGUCCCGAGAAGGGACACGGCCAUGACGAGGAUAGCGACGUCAAGAAUACCUCCACGGCGACCGGGGCUCCGUCGGGCCGCGGCGGAGAAGCAGCAGCAGCAACCGAAGAAGAAGAGGGCCACGAGCGGGACCACCCCUCUGAGGAGACGCCGCUUCUUGGGGGAUAGAUCCCUGUACCCCGUUUGCCUUGGAUAAAUCUAUACCCAGUUUAUUCCGUAGGAGACACAUAAUCCCGACUUGGGUUUCUUGCUCAGGGAUCCUUGCGUUGCGUUGUUGAUCUAGGCCGCCUCUUUCGGAAAAUAUAUUGUGUAUACACCUUGAGAUUAACUGUCCUGAGCACUGAUAUUUAGACAACAAGA